CAUGCAUAUGUGUGUAUGUGUGUAUACAAUUGACAGCUAAUUGUGUUAUCUUUCCAUUUUUUUUUUCAUAAAUCUAUUAAUUUGAUGUGAAACAAUUUAUUUUACUACCUUUGACUAAUUCGUAAUAAAAUUCAGCAAUAAUUAUAUGUUCUUAAAGUAAUAGUAAUGAAUUCUUUUCAUCGUGAUAAUGUGCAGUUCUUGAAGCCAGAUAACGAAGAAGAGUUAUUAGCCGGCUAUCAGAAUUUAAGGCGUACUAACCCUUCGGACGUCUCAGAUAAGAACAAAAUUAAAAAUAAUAUUGUUUACUGUAUCGAAAAAUAUCAAAUAACUAUACUAGCUACAGAAUUUGGUAUAGGGACUCUUGAUUUGCCUCAGUAUUUAGAAGAGUUGGGUUGGACUCAAAAAGGUAAUAUAGCAAUAAUAGAUCACAACAAUGACGAAGCACAAACUGAAAUGCUUACAGCUACUCCUUAUGAAAAUGCAGAAACUUUAAAAAUUAAUUAUAUCUCAAAUGAAAAAUUGCUAAAAGAGUUGUUCUUGGAUCCUAUACUCACAAAUUAUGGCGUCAUUUUAGUGAACAAUGUUCACAGACGUUAUGUUUUAACCGAUACCGUCUUGGCAUUGCUGAAAAAGAUCGUAAGAAAACGUACAACGCUGAAAAUUGUACUGGUAGCGAAUACAAAAGAAGCAAACUUCUUUGCCGACUAUUUUAAUACACACAAGCGCCACAAAAGUCAUCAAAUCGGUUGCACAGUACUAUCAAUUGACGAUGUGGACCUAAAACAAUGUAUAUUUUAUCUUAAAUCUCCAUGUGCGGACUACAUAAGCAAAUCGAUUGAUACUCUGAGGAAUGUCCAUCAGAAACAACCAUUAGACGGUGAUAUAUUGGUGUAUUUAGCUGAUGAAGAUGAAAUUAAUCAAGCCAUAGAAUUGUUGAAGAAUUACAUCAAUAUGGAUCAUAUUAAAAAUGUCAAUUAUUUUAAAUUGUCGCAUGUAAAUGGUGAAAAGCAGUCGGUGUUUUUUCCCAAAACAACGGGAAAGCGUAAUGUAAUAUUCACUAAGGAUUUGCAUCAAGAUUCAGUAACACAGGAUCGUAUAAGUUAUGUGAUCGAUUGCGGUUUUAUGCAGCUGAAAUGGUUUCAGGCCGAUAGUAACAAGUAUCAUAAAUUAACUGUACCGGAAAGCAAAUUUGUAGCAGAGUUACGAGCCAACUGGAGAAACAAAUAUCGAACAGCCAAAGUUUUUCGUCUAUACACUAAAGAUGAUUUUAACAACUUGCCGGAGAGAUCAGUGGCUAAAAUGCGUCGCACAGAUUUGUGUUCCGUUAUUCUCUAUUUAAAGACCUUAGCUGUGGAUAAUAUUUUACGUUUUGAUUUUCCCUCACCUCCACCAGCUAAAAAUGUACUAUCGGCUUUGGAAAUUUUAUAUGCAUUAGGUGCUUUAGACGAUCAAGGACAACUAACCAAUCCCCUGGGCUUCUUCAUGGCUGAUGCACCUUUCUAUCCAUAUCUAAGCAAAGCAUUGUUUAAUUCAAUCGAAUUCCAGUGUUCAGAGGAGAUUUUGACAAUAGUGGCGAUGAUGCAGGUAGAAUCAGUAUUUACUGUUACCACCAAUCACAUGGCUGACAGUCACAAACAGGUGGCCAAGCGAGCAUUUGAAGCAGCUGAAGGUGAUCUGAUAACACUUUUGAAUGUCUAUACCGCAUUUCUUGAGAACGAUAGAAGUAAAGAAUUUUGCCGCAAAUACUAUUUGAACUAUCGUAGUUUAAUGCGUGUUCAUAGGCUGCGUAAUUAUUUUGCAACUUCAUUGCUAACUAAAUACAAAAUGUCGUUGAUUUCCUGCCGUGGAGAUGUUGAAAGAAUAUUGAAAUGCAUCGCCUCCAGCUAUUUUAUGAACGUAGCUUUUCUACAUGCGUCCGGUGUUUACAGAGGAUUACGUUGUAAAACCGAUCUCUAUAUUGACCGAGAUUCGGCGAUAUAUAGCCUGCCACAGCCUAAGUAUUUGAUUUAUUGUAGUCUUUAUGAAAACACUAAAACAUUUAUGAACAACGUGACUGUUAUCAAGGAAGAGUGGUUGUCGGAAUUCGCCCCACACUAUUAUGAAACAAAAUAAACCAGUUCUACCAGAGUCCUAUCUAAAUACAUAUAAAUAAAAGCAUUUAAAGUUUUUUUUUUAGAA